UCAAUAUGGAGAAAUACGCCCCCAAAUUCAGCAAAGUUCUGCUGACACCUGAUCCACAUUAUAUACCGGGAUAUGCAGGGUACUGCCCACAGCUGAAGUUUAACAUGGGGAAGUCCUACGGCCAGCUCACAGCCGAGCUGCUGACCAGUCCUGAUGUAAAACACUCCAGUCGGCUGGUCAUCCCCACAGAUCACGUCCGCUCCACUGUCACAGCUGACACAGCUGCUCUGACACUGAGAGGCAUCCCUGACAGUAACUUGAAGAAGGUGAUACCAGGAUACACAGGCUUCAUUCCAGGACGUAAGAACUACUUUUCCUGCAGCUACUCUGAAACAUGUCGUAAAGCCCUGACUGAGUUUUACCAGGAAGGGCGUGUACAGACUCGACGGCACUCGACAGACCUGCCAGUUAUUGUCAACUGCACCAGCCAACAGUCUGAAAGACCAACCCUCCCCCUGACAGCGAUCACCAACGAAGUGAUCUCCUACAAGCCCUUGAAGCCCUUCGUCCCCCCUGGAAAACCAUAUCACAUGGAAGAUGAUAACCCGCACAAGUACUUUAUCUCAGGAUUUACGGGGCAUGUGCCAAAAUGUCGUUCCUUAAUUGGUAAAGGUUACCCCAUCACCACCAACCAGGCACUGAUCCAGUUUGGGAAGCAGCAGCAGAGUGACCCAACGUCCCAUGACACUGCAGGGAGGAAGGACAGUUCAACACCUCCCAUGCCCAAUAUCUAUCCAUCAAACAGGGGUGUGGUGCCAUCAUUCACAGGACACAUCCCAGGAUACCAGUUCAUGUACGGACAUACCUUUGGUCAGCUCUCCCAGAAUGCACUGGAAAAGAGCGGCAUCAAGAGGACCCUUCGAGAACAGUCAUAAACCAAUCUCAAUAAAAUGAUCAUUACUGGCAUGAGUCAAACCUAAUAACUUCUCA